CGCACGAGGAUCGCAAAAAUGAACUCUCACUAUGCGGCGAAUUUCAGAGGUGGCUCGAGGGGCAUAACCCUGUUGCGAAGCUGUAGUAGGGAAUGUUUAGGAGGUUCUGGAGGUGUUUAAGGGGAAAUUCGUUUCUAUAAUGCAAUCUUCGUUGGUGUAGUGCGGUGUUUUCUGUGGCGUAGUUUUGGAGGAUAGGCGUUUUGAAGGAAGGUAGGAAUCCCGGGAGCUAUGGCCGGGUUGCCGAAAGGGGGAAAUGGAACUGAAUCACCCGAUCGCACUUCGCAGUUCCCGUUGCAGCGAUGGCAGGCUUCCAGUGCACCCAGCGGUCAGUCCUCGGCGUUGCAUCACAGUGUCCAAGUUCUGCCUCAGAGCAUACCGCCCUCCGUCGCUGCGCAAUGCUCGCCCUCCUCCCAUAUUGAUUCAGUUGCAUUGCUUUCCGCAUUGGCCCUGGAGCAGCAUGUCGACGCUGCCACGCUCAACCAGGAUUUAGUGGCUGUUCAGGAGAAGACAAGAGUUGAUCUGGAGCGUAUAAAAGUUGGAGGUGGAGACAGGGAUAGUUCUGCUUCUUCAGCAUCUGUAACUGAACAGAAUGAACAACACGAUGACUUAAGCACUCUGAGUAUGCGAGAUGAUAUAAGCGCUCUGAGUAUUCGAGAUGAUAUAAGUGCUCUGAGUGUACAAGAUGAUCAUAGUAGUAGGCGCUCAAAUGUUUCAUCUAGACAAAAUCCGUCCAUGUCUGUUGGGCAGGAUUUGUCUGCGGUCAGAGUUGAGCUGGCGCGCUCUGAAAGGCUGUCUCCAACAUUGGAGUACAUCUCGGCAUUGGCUCAUCUGACCACAUUUGGCAUCUUAGGGGUCUGCAUCAGGUAUGGUUUGAGAAUACUGUUCUCAGAUUAUCUACAUAUCACAUCAGACUCCACUCCAUUGUUGUUUGACAUGCCAUCUAACAUGGUUGGAUGCUUCUUCAUGGGUUGGGUUGGAGUUGUUUUGAAAAGGGACAUAGCUGCAUUUUCAGAACUACUAGCAAUUGGGUUAUCGACUGGACUCAUGGGCAGUAUUACAACCUAUGCUUCAUGGAACCAAGCUAUGAUUGUCCUUAUUACAAACGGAUUCUGGUUGCGCUCCAUUGUGAGUCUAAUUGUAGGUAUGGAGCUGUUUCAGAUGUCGCUUAUGUUAGGCAUAGAUUCUGCUAAACUACUACGGUCAGUUCUCACAUACAUAAGGAGAGAAAGAAUUCGUAGAGGCUGGCAAAAGCAAUGGGAUUCGUCUCCUGAUAACCUUCGUCGUCGGAAGAUUGGAAUGCUGAUCUUCUUGGUCACUAGUACUAUCCUAUGGGCGGGUUCCCUGGGUCUCACAGUUACUGACGUAAAUUCUGCUGUACGAAGGCGUCUGUGGUUAUCUUGUUUAGUGGGUCCUCCUGGUGUUUGGGCACGCUGGUGCUUAGCCAGACUAAACGGACAGGGGAUCGGAAGGAACCAGCGUCUGAAGUGGCUACCGAUUGGAACUUUUUUGACCAAUCUUGUAGCAUCAGUCUUGCAGGCUGUGCUUUCCGUGGUGAUUCUUUCGAAUCCAGAGGAUGCUUCUUUGCUCUGUAGGGGCCUUCAGAUUGGGCUUCUUGGGUGCAUGAGCACUGUCUCUACUUUUGUUACUGAGAUCUUCUCUCUCCGCCAAAGUCCCAAGCGGUGGCGAGCAUAUGCAUACCUUUGCCUGUCACUUAUCUCCACGUACUGUAUGGGUGUAAUAGCAUACACUGUCCCGGUCUUGACACAUCCCUUCGCACCGUGACUUAGGCCUCCAUCCUGCCUUUCACCGAGACACCUUCUUAAAAUGAAUUAGCACAUCCAGCCUCUUUGUGGCAUCCAUCAGGACUGACUCCCAUAUCCAUCUGUCAUGAUUUGAAUUGCAAAAUGCUAGGACUGUUCUAGUUAUCACGCUCAGUCCACAAUAGGAAAGAUAUGGUGUGGCCAUACUGGUGUGAUUGGUGAAUACGAGGAGUACACGUCUCUAGAUGCUGGUUUUGAAUUGGCUUGCACCAAAUGCAGUGCAAACCUCAUUUUCGUAGUUGUAGCAUCUGUGCCUAAGCUCGGGCCCUUGUACACUAUUUGUAAUAUUAUGUUUAACGACAAGAACGAAAGGAAUUCCUUUCAUGUUGGAGAUGACA